AUGUCGAGGUAUCAACAAGCACCGUACUCGGACCAGUCGGGCUACGGAAACUCUUACGCCAACAACGGCGCGGGCGGAGGAUUUGGCGGCAACAGCGGGGGGUACGGCGGUAACGGAGGUGGACAGGGCGGCUAUAACCAAGGUGGAGGCUACGCCGAGACUCCAUCAGGGGACUACGGGGACGGAGGCUAUGGCAAGUAUGGAAACGGUGGUGGAGCAGCAGACGGAUACCCCAUGGCUGCCUCGAACCCAUACGCGUCGGCCGGAUCGCCCGUCACGCGGUCGAAGAGCAAGAAGAAGUGGUGGAUCAUCGGCGGGGUGCUGGCGCUUUUAAUCAUUAUCGGAGCGGUGCUCGGUGGUGUCCUUGGGACAGUCCUCAACAAGAAUAAGGGCACGUCUGGCGGGAGCUCCAGCAAUGCCGGGAAUGGACAGGCGGCAGGCGGGAAUGUCGUCCCUUCAGGAGCGAGCUCGGUCAACACUGGUGCUCUGACCGCAACGGCCGCGAACAGAGUGUUGGCGGUCGCGACGGAUACAUACAUGCUUCCCGUUUACGCUACCGGAACCAACACUGCCAACUACGCCGCACCCACCGUCGCCGCCUCCGUUGCCGGCACCUCGUGGCCCUCGGACCCCAGCGCACCGAGCAACAACUCCAUCCGCGCUCACCCUCGUCUUAUCGCUCCCGGAUACAAGUGGAACGCCCUCACUUCCGGCCUCAUCGCCAACAACCCCUACUUCAACCAGUGGAACCGCACGAUUGUCGCCAACGCUACCGACGUUCUCAACAAGCCACCUGUCGCGUAUACCCCCGACGGCGGUCUCAGUGGCUCGGGUGUGCUCGACGUGGCGCGAGAGAUGAAGCUGCGGGUCAAGAACUUGGCGUAUGCUUACCGCGUGACCAACGACACGCGAUUUGCCGAGCGUGCCUGGUUGGAGCUUUCCACUGCCGCUGGAAACAACACCGACGUCCCAUUCGGCGCCAACGACGGUACCCGCUGGAACCCUGCUCACUUCCUGGAUGUUGCAGAGUUCUGUAAUGUCUUCGCCAUCGGCUAUGACUGGCUCUAUGAGCGAUGGACGGACACCCAGCGUGACCAGCUCAUGUGGACCAUGCUCAACCUCGGUCUCUCCCUCGGCGAGGCGGCGCUCACCCAGGCCUCCUCCGCGUCCACCUACUCGUGGUGGACCGGGGUUCCGACCAACGCCAUCGUCAACGGAAAUUGGAACUGCGUCAUCAACGGUGGUCUGACCAUGGCCGCUCUUGCCAUUGUCGACCGCGACCCCACUGGCCGUGCCCAGCGUAUCAUCAACCUUACCGUCCCCAACGCUCGGCUCAACUGUGUCCAGGGCGCCUCGGCCGACGGGACAUGGACUGAAGGACCUAACUACUGGUACUUUGGUGUCAACGCCGCCGGGGAGAUGUCAUCCGCUCUCCGAUCGGCGUACGGUGACGAUCGCGGACUGGCCACUGCCGAUGCCGGGUUCGCCCAGACGUCGGCGUACCACAUGUACGUCCAGGGCAUGACCUCGCUCUUCAACUACGGCGACCACGGACCCAACAAGUUUGCCACUACGGCCAACUCGCUCAUGUACUGGUCGACUGUCUUUGGGCAGCCUCAGUACUCGCUGUACCAGCGGGACCGGUCUGACGCGCCCGAGCCAUUCUCCAUGUUCUGGUACGACCCUGCGACUACCGGAACAUGGUGGGACGGUCUGGCGAUCGACAAGCACUUUGACUCGGCCACUACCGAAUGGGCGACCGGUCGGUCCUCGUGGGCCAGCAACGACGGGACCUAUUGGGCCAUGAAGGCCGGCCAGAUCCCGAGCCACCAGAACCACGGUAACAUGGACAUUGGUGACUUUGUCAUUGAUGCCAUGGGACAGCGGUUCUUUGGUGAUCUCGGAUCCGGGCAGUAUCUCGCGCCCGGCUACUUUAACGGGGAUGAUAAGCAGGACGGGACGAGGUGGUUGUACUACAACACCAGGACGGAGGGGCAGAACACUAUCCUCAUCAACAAUGCCAACCAGCAGAUCUCGGCUACGCCCAGCGCGCAGUUUGGGUCGUCGGGGACCAAGCAGGGCGCGGCGCCAAGCUUCAACUUGUCGUCCACCGACACGGCGUUCUUCACGAUGGAUAUGAGUGGAGCCUACGGAUCCGGAGCCUCCGUUCGCCGAGGUAUCCGAUUCCUGAACGGCCGUCGUCAAUUCCUCAUCCAGGAUGACAUCUCCGGUAUCCCCUCUGGCCAGCCUAUCCAAUGGCGCGCCCACACCAACGCUUCCGUCACCACCAACGGCGCCACCGCCACCCUCGUCCUCAGCGGCCAGACCAUGAUUGCCUCCAUCCUCAACGCCCCAUCCGGCGUUUCCUUUGCGACCGCUUCCCCCACUCGCGCAUCGUCUGACCCCGCGCUCCCCACGGGUGACUACUCGGAGGACUUCCCUCUUCCCUCGGACACCAAGGUCCUGACCAUCAACGGACCGACGGAUGGGUCGGCAUGGAGCAACCAGGUCUUGCUGAGCCCGCAGUGGCCCGCUGGAGUCGCGGCGGCGGCGGUCACGCCAAAGUCGGUGCCGGUCCAGUCGUGGAGUCUGACCAGUCACAACUAG